AACUCCUGUUUGUUAUCUGUCCUUAACAGAAAUGACGGCAUAUGUGCAGUGUACAGAGAGCACAGUCAGGCAAGUUGAGGAGUUAGCCAAGCAGCUUCACACGUUAGUGUGUCGGUAUCGAUGGAUCACAGAAUCCUAUGUUGUGGAGUUCUUUGUGAAGGACCACUGGGGUCAUCUGUCUCCCUCAUGGCAGCAAUCUCUCGCCUCACUGACCCCUCCUGACAUUGCUGAAACAUUGCUGAUGAAACCUACCUCCACCCCUAGAAGAACCAGCCAGUCGUCCGUGUGGCCGUUGUCACUUUUGGCCUUCAGGGCAGCCACCCUGUUCUUGGCCCUCCCACGCACUGUCACACAGCCGGCUAAGCUCCACCCCCAGAGUGGGAGGAACCCCAACCUGUCUCACUGCUACCGGGCACACGUCAAACCCAAGAAGCAGCACGAGAUUGAAUGCCUGGCAGAGGUCAUUCACACCACAUGCAAGCAGUUAGGAUGCGGUCGAGUCGUGGACGUCGGCUCAGGCCAGGGUCAUUUGUCCCGACUCCUGUCCUUCGGUUAUGGUCAUCAAGUCACUAGCAUCGAAGCCGUGGACUAUCAUAUUACCGGAGCGGCCAAGUUUGACCAAGAGGUCAGGGCCUACUUUGAAAGGAAAGCUAGGGCCAACGAGGCAGCAGUAUCGGAGGGUAUUGCAUCACCCCACCAUGUGGUGUGCACUGUCCACCCCUACAUUACAGUGGAAGAGUUCCUGUCAGUCAUAAGUGCUCGCACACAGUCAAACCAAGGCGAUGGACAGUCCCAUUCUGUUUCAAGGGUGGAAUGCAUGACAGGAAAACCGGUGCACAAAGUCAAGAAACUGAAGAUGGAUUCAAAGGAGAGUGACGCAGGCAAAUGUGAAAGAAUCAAAGAACAUGAGAACUGUGGUCGCAGAUUAGCUGACCGAUGCACAAACGAUGAGCAACCAGGAUUUGCCCAAAGCAAUCAGUCUGAGUCGCGGGAGACAAUUUCCAACCCAUCCGGUCCGUCAACGUUUAAAAUUCUGAUGCCAGUCAAUGCCCAAACAGAAGAUUCUGGUACAAGUUCCAACCCCGAUUCUUGCCAGGACCACAUCACAAUUCAAACGGAAUGCAGCCAUUGCCUAACUGGGGAGCGUCCCCAGAGUGAACCUUUCUUAGUCACAGGUCUGCACACAUGCGGUGACUUGGGCCCAACGAUGUUACGGACGUUUGCCGAAUGCCCACAAGCAGUGGCCCUGGCUUCCGUUGCUUGUUGCUACAUGAGGAUGUCAUUCUGCGACAAGACGAGUGACCUCCAUAGUGCGCCCGGUACGCCGUCUCCAAAUGACGACAUGGCUGCAACAAACCCUUCGUCUCAAAAUCCUGGAAAUUCUGAGUUUUGCGGAUCGUCUUCAGAGGAUUCCCAAGACAGACUUUCUGGCGGGAACAAAAACUCUUCAAACUUGGCACCAAUUGACAAGAGUGCCCCAGGCUUAGAUGCUGGUUUCCCUAUGAGCAUGCAUGUCAAGUCCCUGUGUCGGGAAGCGGACUCCAUGCUGACCUUUGAACCCUUGGAGCUUGCCUGUCAUUUUAUUGAGGGUUACCAAGCAAGGUUAAAAGACAAUGACCCCAGCCUACUCACCCAAGGCUACCGGGCAGCAUUGGAGGUCUUGAUCCAGGAACAGUGUCCAAACCUCAACCAGAGUCAGGAAGGUGCGCGGAGGAUCAGGAAGGCUGUGGGUAGUGUCAAGAGGGCUCACCAGAUGACCUUCCAGGACUAUGCCUCCACCAUCCUCAGCAAGCUUGGCUUGCAGAGUGACCCAGGCAGGAUUUGCACCAUCGGUGAGACCCUCCUACCCCAGUGGCACAACCUACUGACCUAUCACAGCAUACGCCAGCUGCUAGCCCCCAUCAUAGAGAGUCUAGUCCUGCUGGACAGGGCUCUGUUUCUUUAUGAGAAAGGUAUAGAGAGUAGCCUGGUGCCAAUCUUCGACCCCUUACUCUCCCCAAGGAAUUUGGUUCUUCUCGCCAUCAAGAAGACGAGGUGACAGACUAGGAAAACUGCACAACAUGAUCAUCAGUUCCUGCAUGGGAAUGAUUACAUUGAGGGCUAUAAUCUUGAUGCUGUGACUCUAUGGACUUGAUGAAGUAACAGUACUUAUGUAGAUGGUGCUGUGUGACCACUCACAAGACCUACAGUGCGUUGGACACACUGUUUGCAUACACUGGUUCAUGCAUGUACGGUUGCGGGCAUGUGUGGUCUAGCGGUGGAGCACAGGAUUCAUGAUCGUGAGGUUGUGGGUUUGAGCCCCGCCGUGGUGGCCAUGCGUGUUGUGCCCUUGAGUAAGGCGCU